AUGGAGAUGGAAGUGGAGUCCACUUGGAAGGGCCUGUUCCAGCGGCGGCUGGUCCUGGCGUCCAGGCACUGCGACAGGGUCCACGGGCUGCUGCUCGGGGCGAUCGAGGUCGUGGACGACGACGUGCGGAACUGGCGCCGCCACGAGGGGCGGCCCUGCGCGGAGGAGGCGCAGCGCGCGCUCGAGGGCGCCUCGGCGGAGCUCGGCCUCGCCCUCGCUAGCGUGGGCGCGGCGCGCCACCUCGCGCUCCGGGGCGGCGCGCCCUGCCCGAGCGCGCCGCUCGACUCCGUGGACGACCUCGCCGGGGACCCCGCCGUGUGGUGCGCGCUGGAGAGGCUCGAGAAGGCCGCCGGGAUCGCCACCCGCGUGCACGACGGGCUGGAGGGCGCCCGCGGCCACCUGCGCGCGGCCGCGCUCCUGGCGGCCCUGGACGGGGUCGGCGGCGGCGAGGGCGAGGGCGGCGACAGCACCGCCCCGUGGGAGCAGAGCCCCUGCUUCUCCGAGCAGCUCAACGGCGCCAUGGAGCUCGGCGAAGCGAUGCUGAAGGCGGGGGAGCUCGUCGCGGAGACCGCGGCCGCGCGCGAGGCGGCGUUCGGCUUCAUCAGCGGCGUCAAGUGAGGUCUCCGGUCUCCCAGAUUCGCAGGAUUCAGCGGUUCGACUCUCUCAUGUCGCAGAGAAAUCGAACGUGAUCGUUCUGUUGUGAGCCCAGGGGCUCGGCCGCCCCGGCAUGAUGUCAUUCCGAAAGCUUCUGAUCUUACGUU